AUGUACAGAGCAGCAGCUUCUUCAUUCAGACGGCAUCUCAAGGGCCAUGGAGGCAAUUUGGGGUCCACUAGGUCUUCGACUUCAGCCGCUGUAGCUGCAAGGACUGCCCAAGGUGGUUUGUUUAGCUGGCUUACUGGGGAGCGUUCUAGUUCUCUUCCUUCUCUGGAUAUACCCCUUGGUGGUGUUGCUCUCCCAGAUCCACUUCCUGAUUCUGUUGAACAAAGCAAGACCAAAAUCACAACACUUUCCAAUGGACUCAAAAUAGCAUCAGAGACCUCGCCUAACCCUGCAGCUUCAAUUGGGUUGUAUCUUGAUUGUGGUUCCAUCUAUGAGAAGCCAUUCUCAAGUGGAGCUUCACACUUGCUAGAGCGAAUGGCUUUCAAAAGCACAACAAACCGUAGUCACUUUCGUAUUGUAAGGGAGGUAGAAGCAAUUGGUGGUAAUAUAGGAGCCUCAGCCUCACGGGAGCAAAUGGGAUAUACAUUUGAUGCCUUGAAAACCUAUGUUCCACAAAUGGUGGAACUACUGGUUGACUCUGUAAGAAACCCAGCCUUCUUGGAUUGGGAGGUCAAUGAAGAGCUUCGGAAGGUGAAAGCAGAGCUUCGAGAACUCUCCAACAAUCCCCAGGGCUUGCUCUUGGAAGCAAUUCACUCUGCUGGUUAUUCUGGUGCAUUGGCUUAUCCUCUCUUAGCUCCUGAAGCUGCAUUGAACAGAUUGGAUGGCCCCACUUUGGAGGAAUUUGUUACUGAGAAUUACACAGCAUCUAGAAUGGUACUUGCAGCAGCGGGGGUUGAGCAUGAAGAGCUUGUAUCUAUUGCUGAGCCACUUCUCUCUGAUCUACCAAAUGUCCCCCGUCCUGAAGAACCUAAAUCUGUCUACAUUGGGGGUGAUUUUCGUCGUCAUGGUGAAUUAGGGGGUACACAUGUUGCUCUUGCUUUUGAAGUGCCUGGUGGCUGGCAUAAAGAGAAAGAUGCUAUAGUUUUGACUGUUUUACAGAUGCUUAUGGGAGGAGGUGGGUCAUUCUCAGCAGGGGGCCCUGGAAAAGGGAUGCACUCAAGGCUAUAUCUUCGCGUGCUGAAUGAAUAUCAACAGAUUCAAUCAUUUUCUGCAUUCAACAGCAUCUUCAAUAAUACAGGAUUGUUUGGCAUCUAUGCAAGCACUAGCCCUGAUUUUGCGUCAAAAGUUGUGGACAUAGCAGCCAAAGAACUAAUAGCAAUUGCUUCCCCUGGACAAGUUACACAGGUACAGCUUGACCGAGCAAAAAAAUCCACCAAGUCUGCAGUUCUAAUGAAUCUGGAAUCUAGAAUGAUUGCAUCAGAAGAUAUUGGAAGGCAGAUUUUGACUUAUGGAGAAAGGAAGCCUUUGGAACAGUUCCUGAAGGCUGUUGAUGAAAUCACGUUGAAAGAUAUCACUACAAUUGCUCAGAAGAUUAUUUCCUCACCUUUGACCAUGGCAUCAUAUGGGGAUGUCCUGAAUGUGCCCAGUUAUGAAUCUGUUAAUAGCAAAUUCCAUGCAAAAUGA